GCUUUAUUCGCUCAUCAACCGUCUGUUCAGUUAUCGCACGUUGUUUCGCACGUUUGUUAAGUUUAUCGUUGAUUAAUUUUUCGAACGUAACCAAACUUGAGAGAAUUAAUUUGUAAGUUGAAUUCUACAUGAGGACAUGGCUGAUGAUUCCUUCAAUGAAGUUCCAUUUGAACAGCUGCUUCCUGAUCCUAUUAAAAGAAGAGUACAAGCUUUGAAAAAGUUACAACUACAAUGUUUAAAUCUUGAAGCUGAAUUUUUUCGAGAUGUGUACAAAUUGGAGUAUCAGUAUCAUACCCGUUUUUCUGAGCUUUACAAUAAUAGAAUGAAAAUAGUGAAUGGAGAUUUAGAACCAUCUGAUGAAGACUGUAAACUAGGAAUUUCAGGUUCUUAUGAAGAUAAUGAGCCUGAGGAAGCAGAGGUCAUUAAAGAUUUUAGAGCUAAAUUGUCUAUAGCAAAAAUUGAUAAAGGACGCCCUGGUAUUCCAGAUUUUUGGUUGACAAUAUUUAAAAAUGUUCAACUUCUGAAUGACAUGAUACAACCUCAUGAUGAACCCAUUUUAAGGCAUUUAUCUGACAUAAAACUAUUGAUUCGUGAAGAGCCCAUGGGAUUUAUUUUGAAAUUCUUUUUCUCUACAAAUCCUUAUUUUACUGAUUUAUGUCUAACAAAGAAGUAUGAAAUGAGGUGUUCUCCUGAUGAAAAUGACCCAUGGAGUUUUGAAGGCCCUGAAAUAUAUAAGUGCAAGGGUUGCAAAAUUGAGUGGAAUAAAAAUAUGAAUGUUACUGUGAAAACAAUAAAGAAAAGACAGCGACAUAAAUCACGUGGAGCUGUUAGAACAAUACUUAAGACAGUUCAAAAUGAUUCCUUCUUUAAUUUCUUUAAUCCUCCUCAAGUUCCUGAAAAUGGUGAAGUAGAUGAUGAAACUCAAGCUCUUUUAACAAGUGACUUUGAAAUUGGGCAUUACAUAAGAGAAAAAAUUAUUCCUCAUGCUGUUCUUUAUUUCACAGGUGAAGCUCUUGAUGAUGAAGAUUUUGAUUCUAAUUCUUCAAUGGGUGAUGGUAGUGAAAGUGAUGAAUUGGAUGGUGAGAAUGUUGAGGAAGAUGAUGAUGAUGACGAUGACGACGACGAUGAUGAUGAUGAAGAUGGUGAAGACGAUUUAGAAGAGAUAGUUGAUUCAGGGAAUGCUAAUCGAGUUGAAGGCAACAGAGAAGGUUCUAAAAAUUCUGUAUCUAAAAAAAAAUUUAAACAGCCUCAAGAAUGUGCACAACAAUAGGAAAAUGGUAUUGCCGUUGAGAAGACAAAUGAGAAUGAAGUUUAACAAUUCAUUCAGGAUUAUUCUGGAGCCUAUUAUUAUUAUUUUGUUAUACAUAUUUUCUAAACAAAAUACAAAACAUGAAAUAUUUGUAAAUCGAAAUUCGAUAAAUGUUAACUAUGUAAACAUUAAUAAUGUAAUUCAACAAAUAAACAUCUAUAAUUAUAUUUUUAUUCGUUAUUACUUCCUUAUAAACCUGUUUUAUUUUAGCAGUACCUUAAUUUGUCCAUAUUAGAUACUGUCAUAAUAUAGAUCA